CCUCGGAGCAGUCCAUCUUGGCUCUCGCGUCGCUGCAGUCUCUCUCUGCCCGCGCGCCGUUCGUGUUGUUGUAGUAAAUAAUGGCGGCAUCAGGAGGCGGAUUAUCAUCUCCCGCUGCCGUCGCGGGCCUCAGCACCCCGCCACCGGCCCGGGCUCGCUUCCCGGGUCGGCCGUGCGCGGCUCGCAGCAGGCUGCGGUCGGAGAAACGUACCAGACGCGGAAGGUUGGGCUCGGACGACGGCGAGCUGGCUGCCGUAGGGCCGAGGCCCGUCAACAUCGGCCUGGCGUUGAGCGAAGACCCGUCCCUGCUGCGCCUGCUCGGGGUGACGGAGAAGCACAGUCGGCAGAGAGAUGCGGGGUUUGACUCCAGCAACAGCGAGGAGGAGGAAGAUUUCACUGGAUUUGGGACCACAACAGUUCGUCCACAGAAAACUUCUGGCACUUUACCACAGUCGUCAUCCAGCCAAGCAAAAUCUCCCCAGGCUUCAGACCAUUUGCCAGAACCGAAGCCUCUUAUUGGAAAAAUCAUGCCCAAGACCCCAAAACCAGCUCUAAUUGGGAAAAUUGUUCCAAGAGUUCCUAAAGAAGACCAGGGUGGCAAAGAAAUACCAAAGGUGGUAAUUAAACUGCAGGGGAAGCAGGCAGCUCUCACUGCAAAAGCCAAACAAGCAGACAGCCAGGCCUCAGGUACACAGAGCAGUGCAACGUCAGCUGACAUUAUCAGGAAAGCAGGAGAAACGGCAGAUUCACACAGCACGCAAAACCAAACCGCUGCUACCUCAGCUGGUGGCAAAGAGGUAGAUAAGAGCUCUCAGACAACAGUGAAAGGCAUAGAAAAAGCUGUAAGAAAGGUCAAAGAAGAAGGUGAGGUGUCAGAGGACUCAGACACUGACCAAUCCCAGACACAGAGGUCUGUGAAACGCAUAACAGGUUUUCGAAUUGGGCAUGGCAGACGCACAUCUCAAGCAAUCGCUCUGUCCUUUCAUAAACGGCAGAGGAAGAGAAUAGCAAAAGGAAUGGGUGCCUCUCCAGAGGCUGGAGCUGAGGCUGGUGCUCAGAGUGGAGAAGAGGCAGCAAUGCCACUUGAGUGUAAAGCCGCAGAUACCUCUGAGAAAAGAACACGCAAAAGACAUCAACGCAGAUCUUUGUUUGGGUACAAGCGGAAGCAAUCAAAAAAGGUUCCAACCAUCAAACGUCCAAAAAUUGGUCGUAUUCGCACGAGGCGUGUUUUUUAUACUUAUGUACCAGAACCCAUUCCAGCCACACCGACGCAGGAUGGAAACGAGCCGCAGAUCGACACUCAGAAUAUUGCUCCAUCAGAGGGUGAACCGAGGUCAUUUUCUGAGCAGAGCUCCAACAACUCCUCCACCCCUGUAACGAGCGCACGGUCCUCACGCGUUAUUAAAGCUCCAAAGAGAUUCUUGGAUGAGGAAAUGAUCCCCUUUCCAAAGGGCUCCCUGUCAACAUGGCUGAAAAGUCAACAGAGAGAGGACGGAAAGCCGAGCCUAUCGCUGCACGAGUCAGGUUAUGAUGGCAACCUGCAGCAGUCAGACAGUAACUCGAUAUCUGUGUUCGACAGCCCGUCUUCUGUGACAAAAAUCUCAUCGAAGCCCAGUCCAGGCACGAGCCACCUGGAGAUUUACAAGAACCUAAAGAAACUGACCUUAAAGCUGGCAGAGAAAAAGAAAGGGCAGCCUGACAUUCAGGAGGAAUAUACAGAUGAAGGCAGCAGUUUGACCUGUCAUGGCAGGAAGAGACGGAAGUCCAAGAUCAUGAUGGAGGAGUUGGAUUCUCCUGGUGUAGUGAGGAAACUGGCCGUGGUGGUGAACACUGAUGUGGAGGUGCCCCAGCAGGUGCCACCAGAAGAUACAGGAAACAACAACAAAGCGGAAAUCGUGGCUGAGGAGAAUCGUGAGUCCUCCGAAGUCAGCGGGCCCAGCCCUCGAAUUGGUCUCAGCGGAGCUAAUAAGAGGAUGCUCCACCUGCUGAAGAAAGCCAAAGUUCAGCUCAUCAAGAUCGAUCAGCAGAAGCAGCUCAAGUUAUCACAGUUGGGCACGAGAGAAACACGUGUGCCAGUGAGUGGAAGAAGGAGGAGAACUGGCUUGACUCCCAAAGAAUGUAGCCCUCAGGAGCAGCCGCUUGGUGGUCCAAGAAUCAAACAUGUGUGUCGAGCAGCAGCAGUGGCUUUAGGGCAGCCUCGUGCCAUGGUACCAGAUGAUAUUCCCAGACUCAGCGCUCUGCCGCUUCACGAGAGAGAAGGCAUCACCUGCUCUCCUGCAGCCGAAGAUGUGGCAGAUGAUGACGAUGACAUCUCUGAUAAGGGCAGGGCCCAGUGGAUUGUCUCUCAGGAAAACAUCCAGCGCAGGAGGAGAGGGAGGGGGAGGAGCCACAGGUUCAGAAAACGCAAGAUGCUGAGUCGGUAUGCGCCUGGAGGAGUCCGUUCCCGGCGCUGUGGACGCUGCAAAGGCUGUUUGGUGGAGGAGGACUGUGCAAAGUGUAUGAACUGCCUGGAUAAGCCCAAGUUCGGGGGGCCCAACACCAAGCGGCAGUGCUGCAUAUAUAGAAGGUGUGAGCGGAUUGAAAAAGCGAAGCUCGAGCGUAUUUUCAGGCCGUUCAAAGCCCAGGGGAGGCGCUUGUCAGGCUCCAUGUCAAGCAGCGAUGAUACGAACUGGAAGUACGGAGGCGAAGGAUCGUCCUCGAUGGCGCUUGGAGUCAGGAAACAGUCCCUGCGUAACAUCAUACCGCGCUCUUACAGCAGCCUACUUAAAUCUGAAUCUGAGGAGGAGGAGGAGGAGGAGGAAGAACAACAACAGGAAGACAAGGCAGAUAAAUCAACAGUCAAGCCAAAUGUAGCUGCUGCUGGCAACCAAGAUGUUGCUGCUCAGGAUGGUGGAUCACUGCCAGACGACACACCGACUGAGGCGGUGAAGAAUCGUCGACCAUUCUCCAGAGGAGCUGGAAGCAGACCAAGACCGUACAAGGCACAGGAGAGCACAGAGGAGAUGGAGCCCCGAGAAACUUUCCCUGAACCCAGGCCAUCCAGGAGCCCAAUGCCGAAGCUGCAGCAGCAGCUACAAAUACACUUAUACCGCCUGCCUGACUUUAUCCUGCAGUCUGCUCUGUCGUCCCAGUCUGUGGAUAUUUCAGACUCACAUCCACUGUUGACCCAGCUUGUAACACGACCCGCUAUUUCACAGUCAUCCCAAAUAAACUGUCCUCCAAAUUUGUCUCAGCCUGAAAUGCAUCCCUCUUCUCCACUUUCACCUCAUCCAAUAACAGACUCUCCACAGAAAUCUCUGCUGUUGCAUUUGCAUCGUUUGCCUCAGUCUGUGACGCCCUUGCAUUUGCACAAACCUGUACCAUCACCAUCAUCAUCGUCAUCUCCUCCAUCAUCUCAGCAACAUCCACAGUCCUUACUGCACUCAGCCCUGACAGACAGUUCAUCACAGUUGUGUUUUCAGGAACAACCAGAGUCUGAGGUGCAGCACCCAGAUGUUUUGACGGAGACAAACAGAGAUAGCACAGAUAAGGCUUUGCACACAGUUGUGCCAGGGAUUCCUGAGACUGUCAAGCCAGGCAGAGAGUUACAGGAUGACAACCAAGAGGAGAAGCAGGAGGACAGACGAGAGGAGCCACCUGAGGAGGACAAGAAGGAUUCUUCAGUAAAAGAGACAGUGCCGCAAAACUGUCCAACAACUGACCUACACUAUGUCCUUCGUUCCCAGAAUCUGGCAGAGUGUGCAUCAGUGAACACCCUGACGGGUUUAACUAAUGGAUUUCCCCAAAAGGGCCUGUUGCAGAACAAGUACAAGAUCCGUGUAGACUUUAAGGAGGACUGUGCUGUCCAGAACGUAUGGCUGAUGGGCGGCCUCAGUGUUCUCACUUCUGUUCCAACCACGCCACAGCCCGUCUGUCUGCUCUGUGCAAGUAAAGGAAGACAUGAGAUGAUAUUCUGCCAGAUCUGCUGUGAGCCCUUCCACAAUUUCUGCCUCUCACCCGAGGAGCGCCCCCUGGAGGAGAACAAGGAGAACUGGUGUUGCAGGCGCUGCAAGUUCUGUAACGUUUGUGGUCGUAGAAGCAAAAGCACGAAGCCUGUGUUGCAGUGCAGGCGAUGCCAGACCUCUUACCACCCUUCCUGCUUGGGACCAACAUACCCAAAGCCUCUGAACUGCAGCAUGCCCUGGGUGUGCAUGACAUGCAUUCGGUGUAAAAGUUGCGGUGUGACUCCUGGAAAGACGCUGGACUUGGCCUGGAACCACGAGCAGGAUCUCUGUCCCGAAUGCACUUGUCUCCGCAACAAAGGUAAUUUCUGCACCGUCUGCCAGAAGUGUUAUGAAGACAGCAGCCAACCUUCACAGAUGAUUCGGUGUUUGAAGUGCAGCCACUGGAUUCAUUACAGCUGUGAAGGACUUUCAGAGGAGCUUUUUGGGCUCCUGUCAAGUCAGCUUGACAAAAUGGAUUUCACCUGUUCGACCUGCAGUCAGCGCCGAACUGAGCGCAGCAGCUUGAAGGAGGAGCUGCAGAGCAGAUUGAUGACCGGACUGGAGGAGGUGCUCACCGACCUCCUCUCCUCCAGCAGCACUCGGCACCUCAUUAUCUGCAAAGCGUGUCAGCAAACAGGCACUACACAGUUUUCCAAAAAACUGCAACCAGUCUGUGAUCUGCAAGCCGUGGAGAAGAAAUUUAAAAGGGGCAGUUACACCACAAUAAAAACCUUUCAUGCGGAUAUCACAUUUGUGAUGAGGCAACGACUGAAGGAAGAAGAGUUUCUCCCUGAGAAUCAGAGGCCGACCAUUCACUCCAGAACAUACUAUGACAACGUGAUGAGGCAAGUUUUCAGUUGGUUUCCUGCACACCAUCUAAAAAAAUGGAACUCAUUCUCUGAAGAAUUCCCGAGCGGCAUGCUCCCUGAGGCGGUUCUCCCACCAUCUAAGGAGCACAGUUAUGCACAGUGGCUGGAGAGGACAUACCAGGCCAAGGAGUGCAGGGGCCCACAGAUGGGGAAAACUGAGCCUCUGCUGCCCUCAUUCAUUGCACAGCAGCCUGGCGCAUCGCACAGCCUCCCUCUGUAUUCAAAUGAGUCAACCAGGAAUGAAGACCUGAGGCAGUGUGCCUUGUGCCAACAAUACGGAGACUCCGCCCCCAGUGAAGCAGGGCGACUCCUGUACUUGGGCCAGAAUGAGUGGUCCCAUAUUAACUGCUGCCUGUGGUCUGCAGAGGUGUAUGAGGAGAAUAGUGCUCUUCUGCAAGUGCACAGUGCUGUCUCAAGGGGGCGCCACCUGCGUUGCGAUCGUUGUGGGCAGUCAGGAGCUACGGUGGGCUGCUGUCUUGCCACCUGUCAGAGUAAUUUCCACUUCAUGUGUGCUCGAGCCCAGAACUGUGUGUUCCAGCAGGACAGGAAAGUUUACUGCUACAGACACAGGGAUCUUGUCAGUACAAAGAUCGUGUCUGGGAAGGGGUUUGAAGUCCCUCGGCGGGUAUAUGUAGAUUUCGAGGGUAUCAAUCUCAGAAGAAAGUUCCUUACAGGCCUUGAGCCAGAAUCCAUAAACAUGACCAUAGGCUCUCUGCAGAUUCAGAAACUUGGUGUCUUGUCCGAGCUGUCGUCAAAUGGGAGGAUGCUGUAUCCUAUUGGCUAUCAAUGUUCUCGGUUGUACUGGAGCACCGUAGACCCUCGCAGGCGCUGCAAGUACACCUGUAAGGUGACAGAAGUGAGCACACCUCUCCCUGGCGAGGAACAAGACCCCAGGUGGGACCAAGAAGAGAACCACACCAUCGUCCACAGUCCCAACCACCGCAGAGAUAUGGAGUCACCAGAUCGUUUGAGCUCCUCAUCCAGCCCAAUUAAGUCCACUACCCCGUCACCCAACUCCAAAACGCACAAUAUGCCUGGAUCUAAAAGUCCUGGUUACACACAAACCAGAAAACCAGCAGGAGGAUCAUCUCGACCUCUGCCAUCUCCAGGGUCUGCUCCUCCCAAAUCACAUCACAUCCUGACACUGAGGGACCUGGAGGACACUCGUCGGCCUCGCAGACUCUCAUCGAGGAGCCGCUGCAGUUCCUCGCCAACAGAGAGCGACCCAUCUGUAUCAAUGACCCUCCGCUCUGGUGGCACCAUCCAUUCCAGAUGUGCUCUCUUCGGCUCCCCUCCAAGAUCAUCAAACUUAGGAUCAGCUUCACCUCCUCUCUCACGGCAAAACUCAUUAUCUCCGGUCUGGAGCUCUCCUCCUAGAUCCAACUCCAGCAUUUCCGCAGGACUGUCCCCUCGGCAAGGAGCCAUCACUCACUCCCCCAAAGGGAGGCACAACUUCAGAAUCACCACUCCGAUUUCUGCAGAGGUUCCCCAAGACUUCCUGGCAUCGUCUGAGGCAGAGGAUGCAGCUGUGGCCACAACGAACGGGAUCUCGCUCGCCCCUGAUAACCUGGAGGAGGACGUAGCCCACCUGAUGGCCCAGGAGCUGCCGUACACUGUGUUUGACACGGACACGGAGGUGGCUGUAGCCUCCAUGCUGAAUGCUAAGCUUGACUUUGACGAGUCUCUGCUCACUGAGAAUGUGACUCUUCACUGCGGAGCACAAGGCAGUAGAGGAGAGGUGGAAGGCGUCGUGCAGGAUGUGGAGAUGCAGGAACAUAAUCAGCAGAAUGACUAUGAAGAUGAAGACUCCAGGCGUUACUUUAAAUUUUCACGCACAGUAGUUUGUGACGCAGCGAGCGGCUCGGACUCAUCGGGUCAGCUUCCUUCAGUGCAGUCGAUCUCACAGUUAGACGGAGCAGACGGCGGGUCAGAGAGCGAUGAAAGCGAGGCGGUUGAUGAUCAAGCUCAGGACACGGAUGAUGAAGAAGCUAAAAUGCACACCAAUCAUAGCACACCUACUAAACAGCUAACAGUUGCUCUCAAGAGGCUGGAGUCGAUUUACAACGUGCAAAAACCAAAAGCUGAUGAAGAAGCAACUGAACCAGAGUUUCAGGAAAGUUUUUCACCAUCUGUUUAUCUUGAAUCAGGUUAUGCCAACUCUGACCUGCCAGUUCAGGAGGAGGAGGUCCUGGAGACGUCUGAAACACUAGCUACUCAAAAUGAAGUGUUUUUGGAUUCAGCGACGGGCCAUUUAGUUUCUACUGAAGAUAGCUCAGUCGUGCACCCAAACAAAAGUGCAGUUGAUGACAAAGAUGACAGCAGCUCAUCAACUGAUUCCGUUGAAGAAUUUAAAGAUGAUUUGACUGAUCCCGAUUACUCUCCAGAGCCUAAAACCAAAAGAUCUCCUAACACACAGAUGAAAACCAUCAUAGUGAAGAAAAAAAAUCCUACAUCAAACCUCAAGCGUUUGUUGCCAAAACCUUCUGUUUUUCCACAGCAGCCGAAACUCAAACUACCUUUACCCCCUCGACCUGUACGGAGUGUAAAUAGUGUGCCUAUUAGCCCUGCUGCUGCCACUUAUUGUGCGGUCCCACGUCCAGUCACAUCUCCCAUCGUGAUCAAUGGUUUAAACGCUUUACCUAUACAGCCGGGUGCUACACGGGGCAGAACAAUUGCUAUCCGCUUGGACAGCUCUAAGCCUGGAGGUCAGCAGCAGGUGGCGACUCAGAAUCAGGCUGGUUCACCCCAGACCCAGACUCCCUCCCCUCAGGUCCUUCUCGUCAACCGUCAAGGUCAGAUUCUGAUCAAAGACCCGAGAUCCAACACUUACCAGUCACUCAAUACAAACUCACCUACCUACAAUAAAAUCAGCCAGAUUGCUAAGAUUCUCCACAGCGGUAAUGCUCUGCAUCACUCUGUUCCUCGUGUCAUAAUUAAGCCUCGCUCUAACCCUUCUGCCGCAAACGUCUCUCCUGCCGUCAACCACACGACAACUGAGAAAAAAAUCAUCGUCAGAGUGGUGUCUAAGAAAAGCAGCAGCGCUCCAGCUCCCACAGCUUCUCUCAGUGCACAAACUGUACCUGAAGCAAAUUUCUCCAUCACUGACGAACCCACGGCUCAGGCUAUUAUUGAGAGAGCGAUGGCUACUCACCGCGACACAGGAAGGACUGCCCCGAUCAUUCUCGGUAACACUCAGCGGCCAAAAGGCACACAUCGAAGACCAUCCCAGGUUCCAGAAGCAGAAGACUCCGAUCAGUCAUCAGCCGGAUGUUCAGAAUCUGCCAGCAAUGAACAAACACAGGCUUCAUCACGCCACCAAGUGAGAGUCAAGAGAGUAUCAUCAGUGUCUGAGCGGCCGUCCAGGAAGAAAUCCAAGAUGGACUUUUUAAAGGAUCCAUCAAGUGAGCAGGAGGAACUCGACACCAGGUCAAGUGGUGUGAGGAUGAAGGCUCCGUCAAUAAAAGACGUUCUUGAUUUGGACCAGGAGAACCUUUCUGAGCCGCAGCCGCUGAGAAUCACCGCUCCACCUCCUCCUACGCCUUCCAGGCGUCCUGAGGUUGUCAGUCCGCCUACAUCAGCACAACUCAACAGUCGUGUUCAGGGUAAAACUCACAUGUGGGUCAGCGCUCGCCAUGGAGACCUCUCUGAGUGGGGCCCUUAUUCAGGUUUCAGCUCAGAGGAAGAUGCACCGGCACAUAAAUACAGAAAGAGGACGUACAUGAACCAGCCCCACCUGCGCUUUGAAAUCACCAGCGAUGAUGGCUUUAGUGUUAAAGCUAACAGCAUCGAAGUUGCCUGGCGCGCAGUGAUUGACGGCGUCCUUGAAGCUCGAGCGGGCUUCCACCUGAAGCAGCUGCCUCUGGGUGGGAUGAGCGGGCCGCGGGUGCUCGGCGUCGUCCACGAUGCCGUCAUCUUCCUGCUGGAGCAGCUGCAGGGUGCCGCCAACUGCAAACACCACCGCUUCCGUUUCCACUGCUGUGAUGACAUUGAGGAAGAGCUUCCCCUCAACCCGAGCGGCUGCGCUCGAGCUGAAGUCUACACGAGGAAAGCAACUUUUGAUAUGUUCAACUUCCUGGCGUCGCAGCACAGAGAGCUCCCAGACAUAAUCGGCCCCUUUGAUGAGGAAGAGGAUGAAUUCCCACUGAAAUCUUCAAGGCGAGCCACCAGCAGUGAGCUUCCCAUGGCAAUGAGGUUCAGACACCUGGAAAAAAUCUCUAAAGAAGCAGUCGGAGUUUACAGAUCUUCAAUUCAUGGCCGUGGACUUUUCUGCAAGAGGAACAUUGAUGCUGGUGAGAUGGUGAUUGAGUACGCCGGCACAGUCAUCCGCUCUGUCCUGACGGAUAAGAGGGAGAAAUAUUAUGACGGCAAGGGCAUCGGAUGCUACAUGUUCCGCAUUGACGACUUUGACGUGGUGGACGCUACGAUGCAGGGCAACGCAGCCCGCUUCAUCAACCACUCGUGCGAGCCCAACUGCUACUCCCGCGUCAUCAACGUGGACGGCCGCAAGCACAUCGUCAUCUUCGCCCUGAGGAAGAUCUACCGGGGCGAGGAGCUCACCUACGACUACAAGUUCCCCAUCGAGGACGAGAGCAACAAGCUGCACUGCAACUGCGGCGCCAGACGCUGUCGUCGCUUCCUGAAUUAGCAUCAUCAGCAUGAAGAACACCGCAACAAAAAGCCAUUCAAGGGGCAGAUGGAACUCUGAAGGCGACUAUUGUAACGGAGCCACCAGAAGGAGGGACUCAGAAGAGUCUCCGCAAUGUUGGAAGUUUACUUUAUGGACUAUUUGAGGGCAGGAAUAGUUUGUUUCUGUCCUCCGAACUGCUGUUGGCAGCCACAGAAACCAGAUAAGAGCCAUAUGUCAAAGGUCAGGAUGGAGUCUAGUUCGUCUUUUUUUUCUUUUCUUUACAACUUGUGUACUGUUUUAGCAUCUCAUCCUCCUCAAUCUCUCAGUUUUACAGCGUUGACUUUGUUGCCAGUGGCCUCUGCUGGAACCAGGGCCAGACGGCAGCUGAACUGAAAUAUCCUGAUUGCAGUUCUUACUAUGCUGGUGGCUGCAGUGUCUGUGUAAAUACAAGGUCGCAGAGGAUUUGUUCAGCACCUUACUUUGACACGACCUCCUCUGGCAGCACCGGCGUCGCAGCAGACAGGACACAGUUUCUUAUUUCAGAACAAACAAACAUAAUGCAGCUACGUUCUAACGUCACUCUGGACAUUACAACUCAUGCGAGCAGGGACUCCCAAUAUUAUAGGUGCUGGUGACAGUUUAUCCCAAAAGGUAGUUUUAAUAGAGUCGCCCAGACUUCUUUUCUUCUUCUUCCUCCAGUCAGUUCUGGUUUUUAUUUGCGAUGGCAGAGACGCUGUGAUCUGAAUGCUUUUAUCCCACUAUUCCAGUCUGUUCUUCUUUUGUUAUUUCGUGCUGUUUGUGUGUUUUAAGGCAGAUGAGGGAGCAUUUCCUCGGUGCAGGGAUCAAACGCGAAUAUAGUGAUCUUUCUCUGCACAAUCCCUUCUGAAUCUUUUUGUAUAUUUGAACAAUAAAUGUGUAUAUUCAACAAACUGAUGGGAAUAAAUCUGUUUGAGCUUUUAACUUUCUAUUUGUAUGUGAAGGCCGACUAACAGAAGUGAAGCUGUUGCCAAGUACUGAUCCUAAGUUAAUCUGUUUUUUUUUGUUUUUCUCACUGUUUUGCACCCACGUUUUGUCUCUCACAGGUGUACUACCUCAAAGGCUUGGUGAAGAAAGAUUAAAUUUGAAUACGCAUUUGGAGAAAAUUCGCUUUCUCUUGUUGUCAUUGUUCUGUUUCAUCAAAACAAAGAACAUCAGUACUAUUAAACAAUGACCAUUAUUACAGGAAUAGGUGGCCGCCUUUUUUUUUUUCUUUCUUUGUGCUCGUUGUGCAACCACACCCAGCUCCUGGAUGCAGACUUUAGUUGGUGGACUUUUAUUUUGUAGGACUAAUACUUAAAUCUGACACGCAGAUCUUUGUUACUUCAUCGGCUCACUAUGGAUCCUCGUCUGUACAUAGUUGUAUGAAGAAUUUCUAAACCUGUUAAAUAUUUUUUUACCUCCAAUUUUUUUUUGUUUUUAUUUAUGUUCAAUAAAAAUUUGAUCAAAGCUC